AACUUCGGAGUUCAUCAAAGACUUCGCGCGUCUGAAGAUAUUAAUCUUAACGUUGAAUUAUUCGACCUGUGGAAUUGUUCGAUCUGAACGAGUGUUGUGAGUUAGAAAUCUGGCCACAUCGCAAAAGUCGAGCACUUCCGGUCGCCCGUCGUUGAAUUGUCAAAGGACCGACAAAGCUCUGUUACAGUUUCCACACGUGAUUCGUUAGCAGACCUCAAGACAUGUCGGCCCAGUGCACGAAAACGGCGUGGUUGACGUCGAAACUUAAACAAUUCGCGCUGGACGAGGAGAUAUAUUUGAACUACAUCGAAAGCGUGUUGGAUGGCGAAGAAGAUCGAUGCGAAAAAAUAAGCGCACUGGAGGCUAUUCUCGGAGAAGUAUUGAGUGAGAACGAAGUGAAAACCCAAUGCAUGGAAAUAAUUAACAUGUAUGACACACAAAAUGACAGUGGUGCUAGUGAAAUCAAAAUACCCAUAGAGGACACCGAAGAGGCUUUGGUUAAAAUGUUAGAAAACAAUAUAAGAACUGUUGUGACAAUUCCCAAUAAAACCAACAAACUAAAUUCAGAUGAGGAAGAUUCAGAUUUAGUUAAAAUUAGAAAAAAUAUUUUAAGUCAAUAUGCACAGAAAGAAGCAAAUUCAGAAGAAGAAGAAAGUGACGAUUUAGACAUAGAACAUAAUACUAAUGCUAGUUCUGUAUUAGCUUUAAAAAAAGAACAGAGAGAAAGAGCUAAAGAACAAAGUUUACGUAAAAAGGAAAAAGACAAAGAAGACAGAGAAAAACAAAAGCAAUUGGCACAAGAGAAGAAAGACGCUAAAAAGAAAAAAGCUCAAAAAGUGGAAAGAAAACGCUGAAAUACUACAGUAACAAGAAUUGUGUGCAGUUUGACAAGUGUUUUUCAAUUUAUCUAAUUAGAAUUUAGUUGACAUUCAAUGUUGGCAACAAUUGCCUAUACAUAUUGAAAUAUUUAUUAAUUUGUGUAUUAUGUUUGAUUAUUUAAAACAAAAAUGAUAUAAAUUUCGUACAAAGACUGUAUUUUAAGAACAUUAAUGCCCAAAUUUUAGAGCUUUAUAUUCAUAAAAUGGUUAUAAUAUAUGGUUAAGAAUUAAU